AGUAAGAGACACGUGGAAAAGGAGAGACUGCUGACCACUGCUGCUGUGAGGAGAAGCUGUGAAGAAUCGAAUUGUUGAUUGGACCGGAUCAGCAGGCCCUAAAUUCAUUUGAUUAGACUGCUGUUCUAUUUUGAGAGUGAAAAUUAUGACCGAAGUCAUUCUGUGAUUUCUGGUCUGUUUCUGAACCCUUGGACAUCAAGCUGAGCAGGAAAGAUUGGGAUCCUCUCCAGAUUUGGUGGUGAAAUAGAUAUAUUUAAAUCAGACAGAAACAUGAAGAUAUUCACUGGAUUUCUACUUUCCUUUCUUGGGAUGAUAGAGUGGUUCUACCCCUAACUGAGGAGAAGAAGUGAAAGGAGCCUGAAGAAAAUCAUGCAGCAAUUUGGUUAAAAAGAAACCUGGAAAAGAAGAAUAACAAAAAAUCUACUAUUAUCAAGGAGUUGACAACUGAUACAAAGUUUUGCCGAACCGAGCUGGACACCUCUGUGAGCUGGCUCAGUUUUGCAUGAGCCAGGCUGGUUGUGUGAAGCCCCCCUGGCUGUGUUUCACUGCGGCAUGAGCGUAGGAAGGGCCCACCACCACCGUAGCUUUCUGUCCUGUGAGGAAGAAGGACUCAGACUGAGCACCAUGCCAGCCGUGGGCAGCUUUGGCAAUGGCAAGAUCCACACGAGACGCAAAGGUCACAGCCGGUUUGUCAGCAAAACUGGCCAGUGCAACAUCCACUUCGCGAACAUGGACGAAAAGUCCCAAAGGUACAUGUCAGACAUUUUCACCACUUGCGUGGACAUCCGCUGGCGAUACAUGUUCCUGCUGUUCAGCCUAGUGUUUGUGGUGUCCUGGCUGACAUUCGGGUUGGCCUUCUGGGUCAUUGGCCUCCUGCAUGGUGACAUGGAAAAUAAGGAUGAUAGUUUUAUUCCCUGUGUCUCCAAGGUUAACACCUUCGUGAGUGCCUUUUUAUUCUCCAUUGAGACCCAGACGACAAUUGGUUACGGAGCUCGCUUUGUGACGGAGGAAUGCCCAGCGGCUGUCUUCAUGGUGGUCUUUCAGUCCAUCAUAGGCUGCAUCAUUGAUGCCUUCAUGAUUGGUGCCAUCAUGGCCAAGAUGGCACGGCCCAAAAAGCGUGCUGAGACUCUGCUGUUCAGCCACAAUGCAGUAAUCGCCAUGCGGGAUGGGAAGCUGUGCCUCAUGUUCAGGGUUGCUAACCUGAGGAAGAGCCACAUUGUGGAGGCUCAUGUUCGGGCUCAGAUGGUGAAGCCCCGCUACACAGAAGAGGGCGAGUACAUUCCCCUGGAUCAGAUCGACAUGAAUGUUGGUUAUGAUAAAGGCACGGACCGUCUGUUUUUGGUUUCCCCGCUCACUGUCAUCCAUGAGAUCGAUGAAGAAAGUCCUCUCUUUGGCAUCAGCAAGCAAGAUCUGGAAACAUCUGACUUUGAGAUCGUGAUCAUACUGGAAGGAUUGGUGGAGGCAACAGCCAUGACAACACAAGCGCGCUGCUCUUACCUGCCCUCUGAGAUCCUGUGGGGCCACCGCUUCGAGCCCGUCAUUUUCGAGGAGAGGAGCCAGUACAGGAUUGAUUAUGCCUACUUUCACAAAACAUUUGAGGUGCCGUCCACCCCCAGGUGCAGCGCCAAAGAUAUGGAGGAGAGGAAAUUCCCAACGUCUGGCGCCAAUUCUUUCUGCUAUGAGAAUGAGCUGGCCUUCAUCAGUCGGGAUGAGGAUGUGGAUGGAGCCACGGAUAACGAAAAAGAGAAGAGGUGUUCGUCUGAGCUAACCCCAACCGAACGCAAUCAACCAUCUUCUCGAAGAGAAUCAGCACUUUAACCUUUUUCUGCCGACAGAGGGGUUGUGGUGGCUAAAGUGGGUCAUCUUGUGAAUGUCAUUCUGUUGACACACGGACACCAAUGAGGACAUCUUGGUUACAGUUUGAAGACCAGUGGUACUCUCUGUUUGCCACACAAGGAUUACUGUCAAAAUUUUACAAGAAGCACACAUUUUCUUCCUUUCCAGAUGGUUCUUGAGCUUUAUUAGAUGCAAAUGAAAACUGUAAUGUUUCACAGCAGAGGAUCCUAAUUCAGAAGUGCAUGCAAUUAACAUGGUUUUAUACAUGUGUAUUCUGAGAAAAAUCCCAUUCCUUCAAUGGGACAAUGUGUAGUUUGCAGUGAAGCUUAUUAUUUAGUAAACUAAAUUUGUAGAAUAUUCCACUGGGCUUCUCCUGUUGAAAACAGAUUUUCAUCUCAGCAUCAUCUGCAAGACUAACUUUGACAGCUGCACAAGGAAACACAUACAGAUGACAGACCCUAUGGAAACAUCAGGUAGGGUUAGAUAAUCUGUCAUAUAAAGGGGGAGAAAUUGUAACUGCUAGAUUAUUUACCAAAACAAUUCUUACUCUAAGUUAAUACACAUCUUAAUUUCUCAAUAUAAAUAUAGCUGAUUUGAAAUCUGAACUUUUGCUUCAUGCAAAAAGCUAUGCUUGUUGGAAAACUAACACUGGUCAGGACUAACGGAAAGAUGGAUGAAGCUAAAAACAGGGCAAUCCUAGUACAAAACCAGAAAGGGAUGAAAAAGACUUAAUUGGGGCAAACAUAAACCUUUAACACACAGCCAUAGCUACAAUAGAAUGGUUUAGAUUAAAGCAUAUUAGACCUAAAUUUAACUGAGAAUCUGUUGCCAGACCUGGAAACUGAUGCUUACUGACGCUCUCCAAACCAGUCUGACUAAGCUCGAGAUAUCUUGCAUGCAAGAGUAGGGAAACUUUAGUCUCCAGUUGUGCAAAUAUAAUGGAGGAACAUCCCAAAUGAUAUGCAGCUCUAACUGAGGUGAAAUGUGCUUCUACAAAGUAUUGAUUCAGCAGGGCUAAAGCUAAAUGUAUAUCACACAGAUAUUUAUUCAUAAACAAAUUUGCAAACAGUGUGUGUCAUUUUGCUCCCACCUCACCAUUAUGCUCAACAUUGAGUCAUUUUAUCAUAAAAUCCCAGUAAAACACAUUGAAGGUUUGAGUAUAUCAUGAUAAAAUAUGGGAAAUGUGGGUAUGAAUACUUUUAUAAGUCCACUUACCUUAAUUCUGCUGGUUAUUGUUGUUCCAUGCUGGCAGAUUGUGCGCCAUAUAAAGCAGUUUAUUCAAACAGUGAGGACAGAUUUGUUUGCUCUCAAAACAAUGGCUCUGAUUUAUUUUGGGUUUAAAUUAGCUGGAAAAGCCUGAAGGUCAGGUACUUGUUAAAUGUGUUGGAGAGCCCAUGGCAAACUGCUCAGAGCAAGGCAAGUGACUGUAACAGUAAAUACCAAAAGGAUUAAUGUUUUAUUUUUUUAAAAUAGUUAUUUAUGUACUAUUUUGUAUUUGUAGCAUGUUGUAGUUUUUUUAAAAUAAAUCAGGAAAAAUUAUCCCACCCUAUUGUUGUCAGGGUCCCUGAAAUAUAAACUAACCCAGCGAAGUGAAGGAUGGUGCCAAAAAUGCUGGCCUCUGAUAUAACAGCUUUCAGCAUCGCUUUCAGAAAAAUUACACAAGGGACCCUGCUGCUGAGGAGGUGGAGAAUCUCUGCUGUAGGCAACAUACAGGUGGUCGCAGCGGUGUUUGCUGCUGAUGAGGGUUUUUUCUAGUGUGGGAGUCAGGCCUUCAUAGAAAUCAGGGCAGCUUUUCACAUUAAAAUCAAGCUUUUUCUUUUCACCUUUUUCCUUUUUAAAGAUGAAGUAGUGAAGAGGGGAAGAAACAUCUGGUCAUGCACUUAAAAUUAAAACUACACAAAAGUACAAGAAAUGUUAAAAAAUAGAGAAAUGAUAAAUUAUAGAAUUUCAAAAAGAAGCAGCAUGCAAAUUCUUAGCAAAAACAUGUCCCCAGUUGUUUCAUAAAUCAUUGUGGUGAUCAAAAGUCACUAUUAUGUGAUGAAAUAUACAGAGCUUGGUUUUUGAUGUAAAUUGGUGCUAUGUAAUUAACACUUUUAUAUAGAAGGAUGUAACAAAACAUAUUGCUUAUUUUAUAAGGUUUGUGAUGAGGGACAAGUGAAACAAAACAUUGUACUCAGCCUUUAUUUCUGGGGUUUAACAUCAAAACUGUUCAGACAUUUGUGUUGAGUUCCUCCUAUAUCUGUAUCAAUAUUUGUACUUGGAAAUCAGACUUUCAGAGUUCUCAGUCAAGUUCACAGAUGUAAAUACUACAUAAAAUACCCCUGAUGUUAGAUUUUUGACUCUUAAAGUCAGAGUUCUUCAAGCAGUCCAAAACUCCAUAUUCAAUAUGAAUGCAACAAAUUGCAUACAGUACAUAGUAAAAUUAGCAGGGAGAAAGUUGGGGAGAGAUAGCUAAUAGUGGUUAGCAUCAAAACAAUAAGCUACUCCCAUUGGUGUUCUGGCUUGUAAGGGGAUUAAACUGGGAAUGAUUUCAUUACCAGAUCUGACUUCCCAGAGAAAUCGCAUCCUGCUGCAGAUUUAGCUAGAGUCGGGCUCGUCUGACUUUAUGAAAAUAAUUAAGAAUGUUGAAAAUACACCUGCUGGUAGUUUAAGGACAGAUGCCGACAUGGUAAAAAAGAAAUGAGGCUACAUGUAGUGUUUACAUAACCAGGGUUUCUUCGGUUUGCCACAUACUUUCUUUUUUUUUUACUCUUCCAUUUUUGCUUUAUCUUUGUAUGAUAAACAAUAAAACCAAUGCAGCUUCAUUUUGUACGUUGACAUUAGAUAUGAACAGUUAUACCCAGAAUCCAUGUCUUUAUCUCCUUUCAGCUUUUAAAUUUUGAUCAGUCGUUUCCUGCAUCUUGGGCAGCUGGUGCGUAUCUCCAGCGGUUUUUGGGCAAAAAGCGGGUCACACCCUGGAAAGGUUGCAAGUGCAUCACAGACAAAUUCAUCCCUAAGGACAAUUUGGAGACCAGUUAACCUAACAUUCAUAUUGUUGGACUGUGGGAGAAAGCUGAGCACUGGGAGAAAGCUCCAUGUGAACGAGGAGAACAUGCAAACUCCAUGCAGAAAAAGCAGGAUGAGGAGAAAACAAAGAAAAAUAGGAAAAGUAAUGCAAACUGGUUUCUGUAACACCCCCACAGGCAAUAAGGAAGUCUAAAUAAAGUGAUCUGAAAUCAGUCAUCAGUCCUGACAGAUUUGUGCUUUAAAUGUACAUUAAAAAUUGUGCAAACAGGUGCAUAUACCACACUGAUGAUUCACACCACUUGAUAUCCUUGUAAACCUUCAGAACUCAUUAAUGCUUCAAUGGAAGAUAAUACAUGCCAGUCGGCUGCGUUCGACUCCCAGCCGGGGGUCUUUCUGCAUGGAGUUUGCAUGUUCUUCCUGUACGUGCAUGGGUUCUUUCUGGGUACUCCGGCUUCCUCCCGCAUUCCAAAAAACAUGACUUUUAGGUUGACUGACUGACUGGAAGACUGGUAGACUCCUGGAAUCAUCUGAUCUGCUGACGUUGCUGCAGAUCAUUUACAAAGUUACGUUUUGGUCCUGCCCCAUAAACAGAAUCAUUAAACCCAGAGCUUUGUGAUGGAGAGAUGUUUAAAUCUGUACAGCUGUCUGAAUCAUGUUUUGUAAAUAGUUCGCUUUAGUUUCUUCCUUUUCGAUUUCAAGGUUAUUAGGAAUAACAAAAGAAAGAUAUGGAUAGAAAAAAUUACGUAAUAAUAUUUUUGUUUUACUUAAGAGAUUAAAAUAAUGUUCAAAGAUGAUUAAAUUGUUCUUGCUGUCUUCCACUGAAUGUAUCUGAACUGAUUUUAUCUUGAUUUUUCCUUGUUUUCUUUGAGUUUGGAAAUGGACAGAGUAUAAAUAAAAUCUCCAGAUUACUACAAUAAAUGACGACGAAGCCAA